CAAGCCAUGGUCCCUCGACAUCUACGAAGUGCCAAACCUCUGCUAGUCCGCCACAACCCGUCGGCUCGGCGCUGACCACCGUAAAGAUGGACGCGAUGAUGCCCAUGGGGUUCUUUGAGAACACCCGGGAAAUAUACGCGGAAGUAGCAAGCUAUCCCGUGGUACCCCCUGAGAAGAUCAAGCAGUACUGGAACGCCUAUACGACCACAUUCCGAAGGCUCUUCGAUCCGAGCGCAUUUCGUCUGGAAAACUUUUGGUGGCACGUCUGGGGGAGUGACAGGCUACGAAACCUUAGCGGUCAAGAACUUGCCAGACUCUUUGAAGAGAUUUCGAGCGGUCCAACGUUCGUGCCCCUCCCCUCGCCCGCGGACCAGUUCAGACGCUCCAAGAAGCCUGGUUCAAAUCAACGUAUCGCCAACGGCCACGGCCCGGCCCGGCCACACGAGACUACGGAACAAGGAUCUGCUGUCUCCAGCGUGAAAAGGGGGUUGACCCCUUCGUCGUCGAGGCCACCGCCACCCCACCCUAUCCUGAAAAAGUCAAGAGGUCCUUCUUCAUCAGGUCCUCGGCCCACUGCGCGCUUUGCAUCGCCGCCGGCUUCUAGCGAAGAAGCCAUCCAUGACAGUGAGAAUACACCAACCAACACCGCGGCGGUGGCUGCCGCAGAGAUGCCUCCUCCACCACUACCCUUAACGGUGAAGAAAAGGCAGGGCACCGCCCCUGCAAGCCAGUCGACUGUACCUAAGGCCCCGGGGCCAACACGAGCGAAACAGACAGCUGAAUCCCCAAUAUCAGCCGUACCCGCGGUGGAAAUGCCCCCUCCCCCAUUAGUGCCACCAGCCACGGGGGCCAAAGCUACGACCAACACCGGUAGAAAGGUGGUGGCGGCCACUGCGGCAUCUAGGAGGAAGCCUGUGAUGGUCCGCAGGCCAAGCUCACAAUCCUCAACGGGAUCUGAUUCUGGUCAGCGUGUAGUGGGGUUUGUUGCGGCUUCAAAACGUGCUGGGUCGAGACGGACAACACCGACCGCUUCACAGCUACUCGGACAGGGCUCAUCGUCUUCCCAAACGAGUGACCACGGCCUAACCGCUAAAGCUGCUGGGAAACGUAGAGCAAAACCGGCGGCUGCCAAGCGAUCUACUUCUCAGGGUGCUCCCGGCCAGACCGGCGGCCAGCCUGACGCAACCGUGGCGGAGCAGCAGCCGCGACCCGGUAGCCCACAACGAAGAUCAACGUGGGACGUCAAGGACAGUGUGGUAUACCAUGAGGCCGCCGAAGGGCAACAGGAGACUGCUCAACAUCCUCCGGCGCCCUCUUCGAAAGUCGUUCCUCCCCCGGUUGCGGGAUUCGUGGUGGACCAGUCAUUCGGGCAUGGAGCCCCCCCGAUGGUGCGUUCGCGUUCUAACAAUUCAGAUCGCCCACACCGAGUCCGCGAGCCCGGCGUAGCGCUCCUCCCAUCACAAGCCACAAGCAGUGUUGCUACGGUCAGUACCAUGGCUCGCGGCCAGUUCGACUCGGAAAUGGUGACAUCGGAGCCCGUAGUCCCUGAGGCGAGAGACAUUCCGGACCGGGUCAUGUUUGGCUCGCAGCCGUCAUCUUCCCUUCUCGAUCAGCAACUCAAGCCAACACCCCCCAACCCUACGCCACCGAUCCCUUUCGGACGGUCAAAGAGUGAACUCACUCUGCUCUUGGCGCGUGACCGCAAGCCAAAAAAGGGCGAGGAUACUUGAAGCGAUAUCCCGCUUUUCAGGAGUGGUUUGGCGUUAUGGUUCAUAUGUUUGGGGCACGAUAUCGGGAAAUACGGGGACUUGCGUCACUAAGCAACAUCUGAGGCGACGAGCGCUCCGGGUGCUGAACGCAGCCUCUAUUGUUCGUUUCACUUGCAUAGCAUUGGGGAUCAUGGGAU